AUGAAGUUACCCUGGUUUAUUCCUCAAUUAAGACAUGUUGAAGAUUACACCCUUGAUUAUGAAGAUGAUGCUUCUACAAAGUCAGAUUCAGAUGAGCUCGAAAUAAAGGAGUACAGGGACGAAGCAUAUCGUCCCUGGUAUAAAUUUUUCGAUGAAUAUGAAUAUCGGGAAACUACUGAAAGGGCCGCCCGCUUUAAACUUUGGGAUUGGUUUCCUGAAGGGGCUCUGAAAGCUGAAAAAAAAUUGAUUACCAAACUAGAUUGUACACUUGCUUUGACUACCUUCGUCUCAUAUUUUUUUAAAUACUUGAAUCAAUCCAAUCUUAAUAAUGCUUAUAUAAGUGGUAUGCGUGAAGACUUGAAUUUAACGGGUGACUGGUUGGUGAACACCCAAGCUAUAUUCACUGUAGGUCAAGUUGUUUUCGAGCUACCAUUUAUUUUCUUACUUCCUAGGAUUUCAAUAACUUAUCAUUUAUUCUUUUUUGAAAUGUUGUGGGGGAUUUUUACUUUGGCAACAGCAAGAGGGAAUGCACACUCAAUUCAAGCCUUGAGAUUCCUUGUGGGUGCUUCUGAAGCAAUUUUUUUUCCAUCUGCUCACUUCUGUCAACCGUUAUGGUAUAAGAGUGAUGAAAUAGGUCGAAGAUUAGGGUGGAUGUAUGUAGGGAACUUCCUAGGAAUAUUAUCCCUGUCUUUGAUUUCUGGGAGGGCAGUACAGAAUCCUCCACCCGAAUAUAAAGGUUGGCAAUUUAUUUUUAUCAUAGACGGGAUUAUUUCAAUAGUAUUUGGUGCCCUAUUAACUUUAUUUUUACAUCCUGGGACUCCACAAAGAUGCUAUUCCAUUUGGCUAACUGAUGACGAGAUUCGGUUGGCAAGAAAAAGAAUGAAAACUGAUAACGUGGAUAUUAAUCAUGAUGUUAAAUCCUUCUUCGAUAAACAAACUUGGAAGAAUAUUUUAACUUCAUGGCAUUUUUAUAUUUUCAGUAUUGCUCAAGUAUGUGGAUUUAAUACUAAUAGUGCAUCGUCUGGUUCUUUUGGGUUAUGGCUCAAGUCGUUAAACAGAUACUCUACUUCAAAAGUUAAUCAAUUGACUGCGUUGCCUCCGGCUUUAGGGAUACUUUGGGUCAUAAUUGUUUGUUUUGGAGCUGACUUCACCCGAAAACGAUUUGCCUUUAUAAUUUUUUCAAUGGUGAUGAAUUUUGUUGCAAAUCUUAUUUUAGCUAUUUGGGAUGUUGAUGAGUCUACUAAAUGGGCCGGCUAUUUACUAGCUUAUUUUUCAUGGUCUCAAAGCUCCGUAUUCAACCCAUUGAUAAGUGAUAUAUUAAGAUUUGAUCAAAACCAGAGGUCCAUUGAAUGGAUGAUAAUUUACAUUAUAGGACUUCAGUCAUCCGCCUGGAUAAGUAAGUUAACAUUUCCAACUAGUGAAGAGCCAAGAUAUCCAAAAGGUUUCUCUUCCUGUGCAGGCUUCAGCAUUGGCUUUAUCUUACUCGUCUCUAUAGCUUAUUUUUUUUAUAGGCGUGAUGAAAGACACAAUGCUAUCAAGCAUGGAAUAUACCUUUACGAUAGCAGCAAAGGAGAACUUCCGGAAGAAAUCCAACCAAAAGUCAAGCAAAGUGGUCAAAGAGAUAAUAAAACACCUAGUAUUGAAGAGAGAAUUGACUUCAUAGAAUAAUCAU